AUGGAUACGAUCAGAGUAGAAGCUGUGCCAGCUCCACAAGAGAGUGCCUUCCUACUUGGGAUUAUGGGCAAAGCGGCAAGCGGCAAAUGGGACGACUGGCGCGUGGUAGUAGACUCUCAGGUACUGAGGCAGAUAUCCGGAUUGGUGGUAUGGUUGUGGGUUUGGAUCAAGGUGAAGGAGAGAGUUCCGGGGUGGAUCAAUGGUGAUGCUCCGAGCAAGGCGCCGCUACGCUCAACUUGGUCCACGGGUGCGCGCAGGCCACUAAUACCUUCCGGUACAGGCAGCCCAGGAACACCCGUUUCUCCCAUCGUUGCUGUUCCAUUACCAAAGAGUAAGGCAUCGCGAGCAAUCCGUCCAACAUUGGGAGCCGAGAACCAGAGAGCAUUAGACGUAGACGUGGUGGAAGCUGCUGCCUUGAAGACAGACGAAUUCGAGAAGUGGCGUCUGAAGCCGAUGUUGUACGAGCAUGAUGAAGAAAAAGAAGCCGGCGCCGAUGAGCCAAAAGAGGACGAUGAUGUUGGUGUUACAAGAAGUGAUGGCAGUAGUGGACGUGGUACAGAUACACAGCAGCCGCGGACCAGACCGCGCGCCGCAGGACCAAACGUCCGUCCGGCCAGCUGCCCGAUCGGGUUCAUCCUGUUUGAUCGGUCCGCCCAGGACGGACUGGACGCAGAAACGAAAGGCCUAUAG